AAGGCUCUAUUUCCAUCAUAAAUUUUUGUUCUCAAACAUCACAUCACCCAUCACGACAAUAGUAGUGCCAGAAGAAUCCUCACCAUGUCGGCAUCAGAACAUCAACAAGAGCAGACAAGCCCCAGGCCCCGCGCUCCCCAGCAAAAACGCCGCCCUCGCAGCAGCCGCAAGGACAGUGACAUGGAGUCUUCCACAAGAAGCCAGAAAUCAAGUGGGUCUUCUCCCUCGAGUAAUACCCGCGACAUGCGCCGAACUUCCAGCAAACGGAGACUCGAGACCAAUGACCACAGUGAAAGUCCACGACGCCGUCAGCCCAAGCGCAGCGCAGUGCAAAGACGAAGGGUUUCCUUUGAAAUGGACGAAAAGAAACGCGUCAAGACACACGUCCGGAGGAUUCCCCUCGCCAAGAGCCUCUCCACACAGGAGACUCUUUGGUGGAGCAAGGAGGAGCUAGCAGGGAUCAUGGAACGAGAGCAGAACGUCUUUGAAGUUUUCUCCAAGUGCUGUACAUCCUACGUGGAUACAGUGUUGAAACUUUGGGAUCAGUGCGAGAACAGUGAGCAUCAGCAGCCAAAGUCCUUGUCGGGCGACGAGAUUGAAAAACUUGUCAAUGCUCCUGCUCGAGGAAUGGAAAACGAUGUUGUUAUCACUCUUCUACCCGGAAGCCGCGACCGAGCCAUCAAGAGCGUGAUCGAGACACAACAUGCCAUGGCUGAGGCAGGUUACAAAGUUCGAACAACCACCAUGCGACGCCGUUACCGCAAUCUUUCAAGGACGGCAUCCGAGUUUGCCAAGAACAUUGCCGAGGGCGACGCUCAAGUGGCUGCGGCCAUCCUUCGUCAAUAGAUUGAUUCAUUUGGAGAUCAAGGUAGUAGCAACCGUACUGCGACGCUCGCAGUUCGAUGAUAGAAAAGAACAAUAUUACUGUACUAGCUUGACUUUCAUUAUC